UGAGGUGUCUUACCCCUGAAGUUCCGGUUCGCAGGGGGUGGGGAGUGCUGUUAGCCCGAGCGGCCGCCGCAGUCGCGGGGAUUGAGCGGGCUCGCGGCGCUGGUGUCCUGGUCUCCGGGCCAGGGCAAUGUUCCGCACCGCAGUGAUGAUGGCGGCCAGCCUGGCGCUGACAGGGGCCGUGGUGGCUCAUGCCUACUACCUCAAACACCAGUUCUACCCCACUGUGGUGUACUUGACCAAGUCCAGCCCCAGCAUGGCUGUCCUGUACAUCCAGGCCUUUGUCCUUGUCUUCCUCCUGGGCAAAGUGAUGGGCAAGGUGUUCUUUGGGCAGCUGAGGGCAGCAGAGAUGGAGCACCUCCUGGAACGUUCCUGGUAUGCUGUCACUGAAACUUGUCUGGCCUUCACUGUUUUCCGGGACGACUUCAGCCCGCGCUUCGUUGCGCUCUUCACGCUCCUUCUCUUCCUCAAAUGUUUCCACUGGCUUGCGGAGGACCGUGUGGACUUUAUGGAGCGCAGCCCCAACAUCUCCUGGCUCUUUCACUGCCGCAUUGUCUCCCUUAUGUUCCUUCUGGGUAUCCUGGACUUCCUCUUCGUCAGCCACGCCUAUCACAGCAUCCUGACUCGUGGGGCUUCUGUGCAGCUGGUGUUUGGCUUUGAGUACGCCAUCCUGAUGACGAUGGUGCUCACCAUCUUCAUCAAGUAUGUGCUGCACUCUGUGGACCUUCAGAGCGAGAACCCCUGGGACAACAAGGCCGUGUACAUGCUCUACACAGAGCUCUUUACAGGCUUCAUCAAGGUUCUGCUGUACAUGGCCUUCAUGACCAUCAUGAUCAAGGUGCACACCUUCCCACUCUUUGCCAUCCGGCCCAUGUAUCUGGCCAUGAGACAGUUCAAGAAAGCUGUGACAGAUGCCAUCAUGUCUCGCCGAGCCAUCCGCAACAUGAACACACUGUAUCCAGAUGCCACCCCAGAGGAACUCCAGGCAAUGGACAAUGUCUGCAUCAUCUGCCGAGAAGAGAUGGUGACUGGUGCCAAGAGACUGCCCUGCAACCACAUUUUCCAUACCAGCUGCCUGCGCUCCUGGUUCCAGCGGCAGCAGACCUGCCCUACCUGCCGUAUGGAUGUCCUGCGGGCAUCGUUACCAGCCCAGUCACCACCGCCCCCAGAGCCUGCGGAUCAGGGGCCACCCCCUGCCCCCCAUGCUCCCCCACUUCUGCCCCAGCCCCCUAACUUCCCCCAGGGCCUCCUGCCUCCUUUUCCUCCAGGCAUGUUCCCGCUGUGGCCUCCCAUGGGCCCCUUUCCACCUGUCCCACCUCCCCCCAGCUCAGGAGAGGCUGUGGCCCCUCCAUCCACUAGUGCAGCGGCCCUUUCUCGGCCCAGUGGAGCAGCCACAACCACAGCUGCUGGCACCAGUGCUGCCUCUGCCCCAGCACCUGGCUCUGGCACUGCGGCAGAGGCCGGCCCUGCCCCAGGCUUCCCCUUCCCACCUCCCUGGAUGGGUAUGCCCCUGCCUCCACCCUUCGCCUUCCCUCCAAUGCCUGUGCCCCCCGCGGGUUUUGCUGGGCUGACCCCGGAGGAGCUGCGAGCUCUGGAAGGCCACGAGCGGCAGCACCUGGAGGCCCGGCUGCAGAGCCUGCGCAACAUCCACACGCUGCUGGAUGCCGCCAUGCUGCAGAUCAACCAGUACCUCACUGUGCUGGCCUCCUUGGGGCCCCCUCGGCCUGCCACUUCAGUCAACCCCACUGAGGAGACUGCCCCCCCAGUUGUCGCUGCUGCCUCCUCCACCAGCAUCCCCAGCUCUGAGGCCACCACCCCAUCCCCAGGAGCCUCCCCACCAGCCCCUGAAACUGAAAAGCCUCCAGCUCCUGAGUCAGUGGGCACCGAGGAGCUGCCCGAGGACGGAGAGCCCGAUGCUGCAGAGCUGCGUCGCCGCCGCCUGCAGAAGUUGGAGUCCCCUGUUGCCCACUGACACUGCCCCGGCCCUGGCCCCUGCCCUUGCUCUCUUGAGCAGCCCUAGAACACGUCCUGCCACCAAGUGCCAGCUCCCUCUAUUUGCACCAGGGAGUAGUGACCCCCCGGCUCUGAGGAAGAGGAGGCAGCAUCCCCUAGGCCAAGUGCAGAGAGGCCUGAGUUCCCAGUUGACUCCAGCCCUUAGAAUCCCUGGCAGCCGUGGGGCUUUUGGGGGGAGGUAGUUCCAGCCUUUCUCUCCAACUCCUUAGCCCGGUGUCCAGCUGGGGCCAUGAAGGCAGAAAGUUCAGCCUCUGGGAAGCCGUCUUCCCCCAUUCCUUUCUGGGAGAAGGGGCAGCCCCUCCUGGCCCUGCUUGUGUGUGCGGAGUCACGCUGCAGUGCCGAACAGUAUUAGCUCCCAUUCCCAAGUGUGGGCUCUAGAGGGCCUGGAGGCAGGCCAGGAACUUGCUCCCCAGCCCACCCACCAAGACUGGUACAGAUUUCCUUUUCUUACCCUAAUCUCCCCAGAAGCCCUUUGUGGUGGUGGCUGUGCCCCCCUGUGCCCUGUGGCAUUUCCAUGUCUUACUGGCAACCACACAACUCAGGGAAAGGAGUGCCUGGGGGUGGGGGGGCAGGCGGGCGGCACUGAGGGACCCUGCCCCUCCCCUCCCCCAGGCCCCUUUCCCCUGCAGCUUCUCAGGUGAGACUGACCCAUCUCACCCAGCAGCCACUGCACAGCCGCGCUCCAGGCUGAAGGCUAGUGUGCCUGCUCCCUAACCACUGCGGACCCAGAACCCAAGAAAGGCCACUUCUCAACUUGCAGAACUUUUCUUGAGUUUAGAAUUGGAAUUCUUUGGUCGUGUGUCUUUUUGGCUUAAAUUUUGUCUUUUGAAUUUGAAUGCUUAAACUCCAGAAAGAGAAGCAGGAGUGCUGGGCUCCUGGUCUUUCCAGUUUAGAAAAGGCUGUGGGCCAGGGAGGGACCACAAGAGCCAAGGCCUGCCUGCCCUGGUAUUUUCCCCCUCGGUUUUGUGUUACAAGAGUUGCUGGAGACAGUUUCAGAUGAUUAUUUAAUUUGUAAAUAUUGUACAAAUUUUAAUAGCUUAAAUUGUAUAUACGGCCAAAUAAAAACUUGCAUUAACGA